AUGGUGAGGACCAAGCUGAAAUCGUGCAAAGGGCCUCCUUCCCCUCAUGCUGCAGAGGCCAGCCCAAGGAAGCGACGGAAGGGGGCAGUGCCCACAGGAAAUACCACCCUGCCGGCCAUCAACAAGGUGAAGGAAAGGGCCAAGCAACAGCACAAGCAUGCAAAGAAGACGCGCGAGAACUACAAUGGAUAUGUGGAACGAGGACAGACAUGGCUGAAGGCACAUUUCACUACUAGCAGGGGGGCUAUGGCAAGCAUGGAUUCGGAGACCGUGUCUAUCAGUACUGAUGCCUACGAGGAUCCCACAUUCAGGGAUGCACUCGAGAGGAUGCCCAACCAACAUUCUGACAAGGCCCUCGCACUCCUCAUCUCCUUCAAGUGUUUCCAUGAGAACUGUGGCCAGAGCACGUGCGACGGGACCUACUCAGCCUUCAAAAAAUUCUGGGAGGAAGCGGAUGGAGAUACCUAUCGUGGGAGGUGGCAUUUCAACGAGGCACGUCUGUGCUGGGAAGGAAACCCUGCAUCGUCAGCUGAGGUUCAAGACAUCAUCAAGUCCGUCAAACACAAGACCAGCAGCGAGGGUGGGGACAGAACUCACUCCAUUGCAAUGUCGAAAGGAUUCAUGGAUCGAAUCCUGGCCUGGACCCACAAACUCUGCCCACCAAAGACAUUCCUUGGGCUUAUGAGGUCAGUUCUGGCACCAGAUACGACGAGCACAGAACUCCUCACACUGGAAUCGCGUGAAUUGCUCACAAAGAUGACGAUGUACCAAGCAUUUAGUACAACGGCCUGGAACCUGUGGACAAGAUAUCUGAAUGGCGAGAAACUGUGCUCGAAGGACCUCCACACAUAUUUCGAGGUGUUUUUGUCCAACCGAAAGGGCUGGCAGCGGAGGGUAGACAAGGGCACGAAGGAAUCAGACCUACGGAGCAACCGGUACAAGCUCUACCCACAGCCAGACUUACCAGGCUGCGACUGCUUCUUCUGGCUCUUACUCUGGCUUACCUUCCUUGAAGUUGCCCACUAUGGUCGAAAACUCGAGCCCGAAGACUAUAUCUUUCCUGCAAUAGGUGCAAAUGGCAUUGUCCACUGUGGUGAACCUAUCUCGCACGACACUGUUCAGGCAUGGAUCGACGAAGCAACCACAGAAGCAGGAAUCCCACGAGGCACAGGUGACAACUUCACAACCCACACCUAUCGACGUGGUGGUGCACAGUGGCGUUGGAUGUUUGCACCUAUCGGUCAGCGUUGGACUCUCGCGAGGGUCAGGUGGUGGGGUUCAUGGGCAGAGAAUGAGAAUUGCGACACACUCAUCCGGUAUCUCCUCGACGAGCUCUCCACCUACGAAAACGACCAUAGUGAUGCCCUCUGUCCAACACAGCGCGAAGCUGAUGCAUCUCUGCUUGGAGAGCACUUGCUUGUCAAGCCCGUUUGCAUCCAGGACCUGCAGUCAAUGCAUGAAUGCAUCUCAGCUGACGUUGCAGGUCUGCGGAGUGACCUACGCACCCUCGCAGCCACGCUCUACAACGGGCAGCUGACUAACCUGCCCAACUCACGCAGCAGCACAGGCAUGUGCAAUGCUCCGCACUCGUCAACUCUGCUGUCAAACCCAGGCAACCCCUGCAUCGUUCAUCACUCAUCUGGAUCCCUGCCACCCAGCUCCGAGUCUCAGCCAUGCUACCCUGCUAUUCCCUCCUCCACUCUCCCACAGCCCUCUGCACUCACUCGAAUCACAGACGGCGCCACCAUUCUUGAAGUUGGUUCCCGCUCACUAGUACUACCUGAGAAGGGACUUGUCAUCCCUGAUGUCCCAACACGACAUCCUGAUGGGACCCACACCCCAAGAGCUGCCUCUUGGAGACAGAUCGUGAAGCACUGGACAGAUGGUGACCCCAAGCACGGAUUGCUACUUCCACUUCGAGAUUGGCCGCCUGAGUGGAUCCGCGGGAAGAACAAGAAGUUUUUUGCAAUGAAGUACCACCAACGCUCGGUGAUUGCACUGGAGUUUCUCGACCAAUUCAAUGGACACGAGCCUGCAUUCCUCGCCGCAUAUCCAGAGGCCACUGUGGGCCACACAGCUUUGCUUCGGGCGAUCAACCGCGCGAAAAAGGAGCGCGGGGAUAUUAUCCCUCGAAAGUAGUGAGUUAUACUUCUCGCGCUCUGCCAGUUGACCUGCGCUGAUGGUUUUUAGACUCUUUUUCUUUCUUUCUUUCU